UUUUUUUUUUUUUUUUUUUUUAAAGGCAGCUGGGAAGACUUUGACUUUCCCCCCCGAAUUGCUGGAAGCGUGCGUGCGAAGCUGCGGCUGGUUGUUUUCCCUGCUGCUGCUGCUGGGUUUGUGGAGAGGUGGAAGGAGAGGCUGGGGCGCUACACGCUGCCUGCCGACGGUGCUGAACAUGGGCGCUUCAACCAGGGCGCUGUCCAUGGUCCCUACCGUGAUUCUCGCCCUGGCUCUCCCCAGCCUCCCGGUCUGGGCGCAGAACGACACGGAGCCCAUCGUCCUGGAAGGGAAAUGCCUGGUGGUUUGUGAUUCCAACCCGGCCACCGAUGCCAAGGGCUCGUCCUCCUCCCCCUUGGGGAUCUCGGUGCGGGCUGCGAACUCGAAGGUCGCCUUCUCGGCCGUGAGGAGCACCAACCACGAGCCCUCGGAAAUGAGCAACAAAACCCGGAUCAUCUACUUCGAUCAGAUCCUAGUAAAUGUGGGCAAUUUUUUCACAUUGGAGUCUGUCUUUGUAGCACCAAGAAAAGGAAUUUACAGUUUCAGUUUUCAUGUAAUUAAAGUCUAUCAGAGUCAAACAAUCCAGGUUAAUCUAAUGCUAAAUGGAAAACCAGUAAUUUCUGCCUUUGCUGGGGACAAAGAUGUCACUCGUGAAGCUGCAACUAAUGGAGUCCUGCUCUAUCUAGACAAGGAGGAUAAGGUUUACCUGAAACUAGAGAAAGGUAAUCUAGUUGGUGGAUGGCAGUACUCUACAUUUUCUGGGUUUCUGGUCUUCCCUCUGUAAAAGUCAACUUCCCUGUGACAUCCAUCCAGGUGUGGACUAGUCAUUGCCUCUGUUAUUUGAAGAUCAUUUUAUCAUCAUUGGGAUUGAUGUUUCUUUAUUGGUUUCUCAUGGGUGAAUAUGGAUUCUAUUUAUGGAUUUUGGCCCUAUCUGAACUACUACGAAGUUUCACAGAAUUUUGUGUGUUUAAAUACAGUAUAUUUGGAUUAAGACUUAAAGCAGACCAUAAAUAUCUAUGCUUAAUGUUACAGUCUAAAGCUGCCUGCAAGAUUUAUUCAGAUUUCAUUUACUGGACUUAUUGGAUUCAUGGGAGAAGUGGAUUUUCUUUUCUUUUUAAAAGACUGGCAACUGGGUCUAUAAUUUAGGAGAUUUUGAUUUCAGACUUCAAUCAAGAGUUAGCGUGUUGCUGCCAAAGAACUGUAUAUUGAUAUAUUUGGUUAUACAUAUUUUUGUUCUUUUGGACACUAUAGACAUAAUUUAUUCAAUUUUUUUGAGAAAGAUUAUUAUUGAUAAGUGAUUGACUUUAUUUCUCCUCUACAUGUAGUGGGUUGGAUGGUUCAUCAAUAUAUUUACUCCCAGUCAAUGAUCAUAACGAAGACUCCCCUACUGAAAGCUAAGAAGUUGUUUGUUAAUUGGACAUGUAGUGCAGAUUAUAACACUAAAAAAGUGCUUAUCAGGGUUAAAAGUGAUCAGUCCAGCAUAUCUCUGCAAAACAGCUUUGCCCUGCAGGAAAGCUCACAUUUGUUCUUCAACUUUAAUUAACAUGAUUGAUAAUAUCCACUUUAUUAAAAACCGAAGGGAUGCCUUCCUUAGACAUAACCACUUUAUUAGCUGGAGAUGAGACCCCUUGUUUUUAAUUAUGUCUAUUUUUCAAGUCUUCUGUUGUGUCAAAGGCAUCAUCUGUUUUUGCCUUAACUCCACAAAUGUGUAUAUAAUUAUAAAUCAUCUGUUUAGCAAAUAUUCAAUCCAAAUAGCCGGUACCUAACUUUUUUGUCUUUUUGUACAGGUCGUAUGAAUUCAUAGAUUUAUUUAUUAUGUUGCAUUACAUAAUAAAAGUUAAUAUAUUA